AUGGAAUUGCAUCAUAACAUACCGACAACAUCCCCAGACAAGGGUAUCGUUCUCAGGAGUGUUGCGGCUGAUUGGCUACAGACGGGGAUUCAACUUCUUCAGAAUGUUCUUGCAACAGAUGCUCAGUUAACCACCGUCUCUUCGCUCGUCCCCGGCAGCACAGUUGGAAAACAUCUCAGACACCUUCAUGAUCAUUUCCGGAUCCUCCUGGACGCCGCCAUUUCGCCAAACAACGAAGUUAACUACGAUUCUCGCGGUAGAAACAUGCCGAUGGAAACGUCGAUAGCGGUUGCUUUACAAGAAUUCUGCACUCUCCGCGAAAGACUUUUGAAUCAAAAUCAACAUAUCCAACAGGUACCAUCUUCUGACUUACCACUUCGUUUGUCGGCAACUACCCCUCAUUCCCUGCAGUUCCAUACUUCCUUUGGUCGCGAGCUAUGGUUUGCUUCCCUGCAUGCAAUUCAUCAUUACGCAUUGAUCAGAGUGAUCGUUACAGGAGAAUUGGGCCUACAACUUCCCGCCGAUUUUGGGGUAGCCCCAAGCACGAUUGCCAACAAUGAAGGAAUGAAAAAUGAUAAAGCCAAGAUGUAA